CGGCUGCAGCUGCUUCACAACACCGUCGGCAGCCGAGGCUCAAACAGGGAACUCACGACAUGUUCACCGAGGGUUCGAUUCCCACCAGCGGACAGGAGGCGACGCACUGAGCAACGUCUACCAGAUGUGGGACGUGAAGCUGCUGCCGCUGCUGUUGGCCGUGUGUCUGCUCCGCCGGGUCGCGGGCCAGCGCUUUGAGGUCCGAGCGAAGCCGCCGCCGCCGCGUCGUCUGAUCUGCAGCGCGCCCGGAUCACCGGGACCCCCCGGCCAGCCCGGUAACAGUGGACCGACGGGAGCGGACGGGAAUGUGGGCGUCCCGGGAAGAGACGGCAGAGACGGCAGGACGGGCGAAGGGGGAGAGAAGGGAGACGCAGGUGUGAAGGGCAGAGUCGGCCCGACGGGAAAGAUCGGAGGCCGAGGCGACCGCGGCCCCGCCGGGAAACGAGGCCCCGUUGGGGAGGGCGGCGUCGUGGGCCCCCCAGGAACACCCGGCGGCGACGGGGACAAAGGGGACCGGGGCCAGAGGGGACCGCGCGGAACCGCGGGAACCUGCAAGUGCGGCAGCCUGCUGCCCAAAUCGGCCUUCUCGGUGGGCAUCACCAGCAGCUACCCCGCGGAGAAAACCCCCAUCAGGUUCAACAAGGUGCUGUUCGACGAGGGGGGGCACUACAGCCCGCAGACGGGCAAGUUCCUCUGCGCGUACCCGGGCAUUUAUUACUUCUCCUACGACAUCACGCUGGCCAACAAGCACCUGGCCAUCGCGCUGGUGCACAACGGGGAGUACCGCGUCAAGACCUAUGACGCCAACACGGGGAACCACGACGUGGCGUCCGGGGCCACCGUCAUCUUCCUGAACCCGGAGGACGAGGUCUGGCUGGAGAUCUUCUUCCACGACCAGAACGGGCUGUUUUACGACCCCGGCUGGUCCGACAGCCUGUUCUCCGGCUUCCUGCUCUACGCAGACACAAACUAUUUCGACACGCUGGCAGAGGACUACUCAUAACACCUGGAGACAAAACACAUACUGCUAGUCAGUGUUUUUAGUUUUUAUUCCACAUGUGGUCAAACUAUAUUUUUAUACAGAUGUGUGUGUACUGCCAGUUAUGUUUAUUGAUAUAGAGUACCUAAUCUACUGAUUUUAAAUUAUGCUGUUUGAUUAAGCUAGAAGAUGUUUAUUAUGUAUUUGUUUUGG